CGAACUACUGUCUCUCUCUUCAUCAUCAGCAUUCACUCGCUCGCGGACGAGCAAGCGCGCGCGCGCGCUGCAGAACUCGUGCACAACACCUUCUCUCGCCUCUCUCGCUGGCCGAGUCACUGCUUUUUGACAUCAGUGGCCAAGGCAGAUUCCGUCCCUACAAUCCACACGUCGUAAAUUGGCCUCGAUUGCGCAAAAGUAUUUCGUGGAGAUGAAGCUUUUCUCCUCGCUCUUACCCAUACUCGCCAUUAGCUUCAGCAUCUUCGCCUUCGUCGCUGCUGGCGUCGCGUGUCACAAGCAAGGCGCGCCGUGUUCACAUGGUAGCAAAGGAGGGGUUUACACUCAAGGCACGGUUGGAAUCAUUGGUGGUGGAGGGCCUUUCGCGAAGGUUGACAAUGGUAUGGGUGGUUGCGACCGCAGGAAAGGGGGCUGUUAGACUGGGCCCGCAAGCUGAAGCCGGAAUACUGACGAGGUAUAUGUGAUGAAUGCGAUGGAAUCGGACGACAUGAUUCGAUUCUGUGUUUUGAUGUUACUGUUGCAUUGGAUGUCGGAGUAGGCGGGUCUUGCCUCUGGAGGCUAAGGUAUCUGGAACUUCUAACCUGUGUAUGUAAGAGUGGAACCAUUGGCAGUGUCAUGCUCUCCCUUGACCAAGUGAGACACUUGUCGUGUCGAAGGUACGGGCUACUGUUCCGUAAGCCUCACGCAAGUCAUUUGAUAGACGGAGUGAGAAGUGG